GUGACACAGUUUAAACAUGGUGAAGUGAUUUUAAAGUUUAUUACACUUAAUAUUGUGAUCUAGCAGAUAAGUUAUGUUAUCAAAGUUAUCAACGAUAUAACUAAUAAGAUGAUCUCAUAUCGUUACCUUUCAAGUGUUAUAUUGUGUAAAAAUAUAUUUAUCGUCAUUAUCUUAUAAACGUUUAUAUAUGUACAUAUAUAUAUACACAUACAUACAUACAUAAUCAAAUUUGUAUUGAGGUAUUUAAUACCAUUUAUCUUCUAAUAAAAACUGGUAGUGAUAUAACUUGUUACAAAGAUGAGCGUAUUAAAUAAAUUGAGUCAGCAAAUAUUAAGAUUGGCAGGAAAAUAUUUUAGAGCAGGAAUUAUGUCUGUAGAAAAUUAUCAUCAACAUGGAACUUUGACUGAACAUAUUUCUUUCUCUAAGGAUUUCUUAUUUCAACAGUUAUUCGAUCCAGUGUCCAGUACAUACACAUAUUUACUUGCUGAUAUUAACAAUAAAGAAGCUGUUUUAAUUGAUCCAGUCAUCGAAUGGGCUGAACGAGAUAAAAAAAUCGUCGAGGAACUUGGUUUAAAUUUAAAAUAUGUUUUGAACACACACAUGCACGCAGACCACAUUACAGGAACGGGCCGAUUGAAAUCAUUAUUACCAGGUUGUCGAUCGAUGAUCUCCCGCAAUAGUGGUGCAGAGGCCGACAUUCUCUUGGAGCCACGAGACCACAUCAAAUUUGGCAGACAUUAUCUGGUGGUGAUACCCACACCUGGUCAUACUGAAG